AAAACAUUAAAUUAAGAAACAAGCACUUGGCAAUGUACUGUUUGUUAUAAAAAUUCGUAUAAAAACUAAUAACUCGAGGUCUCUCACAAUGCUCAGAUUCUUAUAAAUAUCGAAAGAAAAAUUCAAGCUGGCAGUACCGAUCAAAAUGUGCGCCGUUAAAGUCUCAAUAUUUCUCUUAGCUUGUGCUUGUGUUUCUGAAGCCUUGUAUCUCAAGUACCCUGAAGAAGCCACUUCGUUCGUGGAAAAAGAAACAGUACCGAUCUAUGAGAAAGCCGUGGUACCAGCAGUGCCACUGUACGGAAAAGCCCUAUAUGGAAAACCAAUAGUACCAAUCUACGGGAAAGCAGAAGUACCGCUGUAUGAAAAACCGAUAGUACCACUACCGCUAUAUGAAAAACCAAUAGUACCACUCUACGAAAAAGCACCUUUAUAUGAAGGCGGCUACGCGUACCCCAAGUACCAAUACAGUUACGGAGUGCAUGACCCCCACACCGGCGACCAUAAAGCCCAAGAAGAAAUCCGUGAAGGUGAUGUAGUCAAAGGUUCAUAUUCGCUUGCCGAACCUGAUGGUACCAUCAGGGUGGUUAAGUACACAGCCGAUGAUCUUAAUGGGUUCAAUGCGGUUGUGAGCAAGGAAGGACAUGCAGUACAUCCGGUUCCGGUUGUCUACAAGAAACCUUACAUUGUUCCGGUGAAGCCGUACCUCGCCGAACCCAUUUAUGGGCACUAUCUAUAUAAGAGGGAAGAAUUUAUUGAAACGGCAGUACUACACCCGACAAUGAUCGCUCAAAUCGCUGCUUUGGCCCUUUUGGCGACUUCGGCCCACGCAGGGCUAUCCUACGGAUUCGGGGGACACGCCAUCGCCGUGGCCCCCAUUGCCAUCAAGGAGACAGUCGUCGACUACCACACCCCAGCCCACUACCAGUUCAAAUACGGUGUCGAAGACCCCAAAACCGGUGAUAAGAAGGAACAGUCGGAAGUCCGUGAAGGGGAUGUGGUCAAAGGGGAAUAUUCGUUAGCCGAACCUGAUGGUACUAUCAGGAUUGUCAAAUACACCGCUGAUAAGCACAAUGGGUUUAACGCUAUUGUGACAAGAGUGGGACAUGCCGUCCAUCCGCAACCCAUUGUGGUCGAAAAAGCCAUCGCUGUGCCCAUUGCCGUCCAUGGAUUUGAAGGCUUAGGGCAUGGGGGCUAUGCACUACACGGACAUGGAUAUUAACUUUCUGGUCAUUUUUCAUCGCUCUUUAUGAUACGUUAGUGAAUCGUCGCUCAUCUCUCAUCGAAUCUCUUGGAUAUUUCAAGGGGGUAUUUAUGUUGUAAAUAGAUAGGUUUAUUGUAAAAGACAAUACAAUUUCAUUGUGAA